AUGAGGAGGAGGAGGCAGGGUAAAUCUGUACAGCAUUAGGUAUCAGAAUCUUGUUCUGUGGUCUGAGAGCAGAAGGCAGAUGACAUCAAACAGAUGAGACGCUCAGCACAUCUGCUCUACAAACUGGACAAACAUCAUUUGUGAAUUUGCAUUUAUGUAUGUACUUAUUCAGGAUUGCUUUUUCGUGCUCUUCUCAGCCAACACUACAAAAACUCCAAACUUUCUGCAACCCGGAUUAAAUCCAAAAGCAACGCCUGUUGAUAUAAAAGAUUCUGAAGAAGCAUCUUCAUGGACUUCCUGCUCAAAAUCAGCAGACUACAUCUCCAGAGACGGAAAAGGUCAGAUACACAGCUCCAGUCAUUUGAAUCUAUUUUAAUCAGCAGUGCUCAGUUCCCAGCAUCCGUCUCAUUUCAUCAUGAUUAUUCCCCAAGGUUGGGGAACUAGGUUGGUCGUGAUGGAGCGGGUGGAGGCUAUGGACGGGUGGUUUGAUUGAAGAUGAAGGGUUAGUCAAUUGCCAAAAACUCAAUUUUUUUUGACUGAUACACACUUUCAAUACUUUAUCAGCUUCUGUUUCACAUGUUACAACUUUAGGCAUAGGUAAACAAGACCCACUUGAGAUUUAUUCAAGAUUUAUAGCGUAAGACACCACCUCACGCAUUCGCACGCCAAUCCAUGAGCGCAGGGAGUCGCCACCACUCAGCUCCCCACCUGCUCUCGCACCUUUCCUCAGUCAAGAGAUCACAUUUGCAACUCUCCAGCUGUCUCUCGUCGGCGUCACAAGCCGACAAAGCUACUAACAGCUGUUUCUCCUCUUUUUUGGAUACUUGUCUCUCUAUUUCUCUCUAAUUCCUUCCAUCUUUUUCCUCACCGUGUCACUGACACCGUAUUCAGUUUGACCCUCUUUGCCAGCAAAAGUGAGAGAGAGCGAGAGGGAGAGAAAUGCCAUCACCACAGCAGGGUCUUCAGCUGCCACACAAGUAGACUCACACAAGUGUUGAGAGAACGAGAGAGAGAGCUAGAAAAGGCCAAAAGGAGGUGAGAGGAAGCAAAUGCGAGAAGAGGAAACAAGAGGAGGCGGAGACGCACAGCUGAAGAAUGUACAGCUUGGGGUCGGGCUCGGAUGCAUCUAGCCGGCACAGGCUCUAGGAGGCUGAAAUGGCCACUCCUCGAGGGUUUUGUGGUCCCUCUCUUCAGCCCAUACUCUUCUUUCAUCUAUUACUCAAUGUAGUGCCUCCCUGCCAGGGACGUCCAUUCUUCGGCCCUCCUUCAGUCAACGUGGCUGUGGUUUUCAGUGGUUUGGCCCACCACAGUGAGAUCAAGGGCCGUCUGAGUCCAGAAAACUUCCUAGACAUGCCCCUGGAAGUGAACCCCAUCACGGUGCUGGUGAAUGACACUAACCCCAGGGCUUUACUCACACGUCUCUGUCAGACUAUGGCAGCAGAGAACCUCCACGGAGUGGUGUUCGAAGAUGAUGUGGACUCAGAAGCUGUGGCACAAAUCCUAGACUUUAUCUCUUCUCAGACGUCCAUCCCCAUCAUAGGCAUCAGUGGAGGUUCUGCAGUAGUCAUCACACAUAAAGCUGAAGGCUCUACCUUUCUCCAGAUGGGAGCUUCUAUAGAGCAGCAGAUAAAUGCAAUGUUCAAAGUGAUGGAGGAGUACAACUGGGGUAGUUUUGUAGUGAUCACCAGCUUGUAUCCUGGCUACGAGAACUUUGUGGACUACAUCCGCUCCUUCACGGACACCAGUUACUUCCUGUGGGAGCUUCAGGACGUGCUGAGCUUCGAGAUGUCCGUGGGGGCCAAUGACAUCCGCACACGUAGACUACUACAGCAGGUGAACUCGCAAGUGUAUCUAGUGUACUCUUCCCAUGAGGAGGCACAGUACUUGUUCAGAAUGGCCUCUGAUGUAGGGCUUCUAGGCCCCGGAUACAUCUGGAUCAUCCCCAGCCUGGCUGUGGGGAACCCUGAAGUGUCCCCUCCUGACAGUUUCCCAGUGGGCGUCAUUAGUAUUAUCACAGACCGCUGGAGGAAAACACUACGCCAGAGGGUUCGAGAAGGAGUCUCAGUCAUAGUAAAAGGGGUGCACAGUUUCCACAAGUACAGAGGAUUCAUUCCCGAGGGUCACAGUGACUGCAAUAGUCCGGUCAAAUCGUACACCAACAAUUCUCUCUUCAGACAUAUGCUAAAUGUGUCAUGGGAGCAUAAGGACCUCUCCUUCAAUGCUGAUGGCUAUCUCACUAAACCUUCCAUGGUGAUCAUUGCUUUGGAUCGAGAGAGACAUUGGGACAAGGUAGGAAAUUUUGAGGGAGGGAUUCUGCAGAUGCGAUACCCUGUAUGGCCCCGUUAUGGAAGCUUCCUGGAGCCCGUGUCUGACAACCGCCACCUGACUGUUGCCACGUUGGAGGAGAGGCCUUUUGUCAUCGUGGAGAGUGUUGAUCCUGCCACGGGCACUUGUGUGCGCAAUACCGUGCCGUGUCGUCGGCAGUCCAACAGGACUGAAAGUGUAACGGGACACACUGAGCCUUACACCAAACUCUGCUGCAAAGGUUUCUGCAUAGACAUCUUAAAGAAGCUCUCACGCACCAUCAAGUUUUCAUACGACCUUUAUCUGGUCACCAAUGGGAAACAUGGCAAGAUGGUCCGUGGCGUCUGGAAUGGGAUGAUUGGAGAGGUCUUCUACAAGCGUGCAGAUAUGGCAAUUGGCUCUCUUACCAUCAAUGAGGAGCGAUCGGAGAUUGUUGACUUUUCAGUGCCGUUCGUGGAGACUGGGAUUAGUGUUAUGGUGGCCAGAAGCAAUGGAACAGUCUCACCCUCUGCCUUCCUGGAGCCUUACAGUCCAGCCGUGUGGGUUAUGAUGUUUGUAAUGUGCCUGACUGUUGUGGCAAUCACCGUGUUCGUGUUUGAGUACUUCAGCCCUGUUGGGUACAACCGGAGCCUUGUCAGUGCCAAAGCCCCGGGGGGUCCAACCUUCACCAUUGGGAAGUCUGUCUGGCUCCUGUGGGGAAUCGUCUUCAAUAACUCUGUUCCUAUUGAAAACCCCAAAGGCACGACCAGCAAAAUUAUGGUCCUUGUCUGGGCUUUUUUUGCUGUCAUCUUCCUCGCCAGCUACACAGCCAAUUUAGCUGCCUUCAUGAUCCAAGAGCAGUACAUUGACACUGUGUCUGGACUUAGUGACAAAAAGUUUCAAAAACCCCAGGAACAUUAUCCUCCUUUUCGCUUCGGGACGGUCCCAAAUGGCAGCACAGAGAGAAAUAUUCGGAGCAAUUACCCUGACAUGCACACCCACAUGAUAAAAUACAACCAAAAGGGAGUAGAGGAAGCUCUCAACAGCCUUAAGACAGGGAAGUUGGACGCCUUCAUAUAUGAUGCAGCAGUUCUUAAUUAUAUGGCUGGCAAGGACGAGGGCUGCAAGCUGGUCACCAUUGGUAGUGGGAAGGUGUUUGCUACCACAGGCUACGGCAUUGCUCUGCAGAAGGACUCCCGCUGGAAGCGCCCCAUAGACCUAGCCCUCCUCCAGUUCCUGGGAGAUGGGGACACACAGAGACUGGAGACAGUAUGGCUGUCUGGAAUAUGCCAGAAUGAGAAAAAUGAGGUCAUGAGCUCCAAACUAGACAUAGACAACAUGGCAGGUGUUUUCUACAUGUUGCUCGUGGCUAUGGGUCUCAGUCUGCUGGUCUUCGCUUGGGAACAUUUACUUUACUGGAAACUGAGGCACUCUGUCCACAAGUCUGAUCAUUUAGACUUCCUUCUGGCCAUUAGCAGGGGCGUAUACAGCUGCUUUAAUGGUGUUGAAGAUAUUGGCAGAUCUACCAGCAUACAAAAUCCAGAUAUCACGGCCAAUUACGCCCAGGCCAACAUGCUGAAAAUGCUGCAGACAGCUAAGGACAUUGUCUCCUCAGCCAAAGUGGAAAACUCAUUGGAUAAUGCUACCAAGACCAUUGAGAACUGGAGCAGACACAGCGGCAGCCUGCCAGCACGUAUCCCACUGGUGACCACAACUGAAAAAGUUCCUGGUCACUUCUCUUAUAUCACUAACCUCACAGAGAACCACAUACCUCACAUGCAGCGUUCCAUAACUCCACCUUUCACGCAACACAUCAAAACCACUAGCCCACCACCAAUGGUGAACCACAGAGUCUUAACACGGCCCACUCCUCUUCGCUACACCCUUCCCCCCAGGACUAGGGGUCUCUAUGACGGUAUGCUUCCAGUAUCCAGUCUGAGCACACCUCAUCUAGCCAUGCAUGAACCUCCAUCCGACCCUGCAUCUUCCUUUGUUCCAUAUAGGGACUUCUACUCUGAACACCAUAAGCCUUGUCACAGCGAUUUUUCAGAUGCCAUCAAGCGAAAAAAGAGACCCCAGAAUCUCAUGGUGGAGUCCAUGGAUCUGAGAGGGCUUCACGAUUAUAAAGACCAAUCAACGUGUCAUAACGAUGCAAACAGUUUUGCUGAAAACCACAUAUCCUCAUCCUACAGCGAAAAUCCUUUCGUAGUAGCAGACACAGCUUGUAAUCCCUGUUUCAAAACGUACUUUGACUCCGCAUUCGAUGAUAUACCUUUGAUAGGGAAAAGGAAGCUUCAUCGCAGACCUUCAUUCCUGAAAGCCACUUGGGGCCCCGACAGAGUCCGGUUACCAGGUGACGGACCCACCGCGACAGCCUCCCCACAAGUAACUAUACCUGACCUGUUCCCUUGUGUGGAUGUACAUGGACGGGUGAGGAACACCCUGUGUUACAGCCAACCGAUGGAUCACAACUACCUUCAUGCCGUCCGGCGAAACUCCAGGAAAAGUCCGAAGUUCAGACACAGUCAGUCCACAAGGCUUCCCUCCUACAAGGAGGCAAUUUUCCACAACAUGGCAGCUGUCAGAAGGGCAUCCACUUUGGUACACAGACCCUACUCCUACCCAGAGCUGCCAGUCUACCAAAGCCCACUGUCAUAUGGACCUGCCGAAUUAUGCAACAUCUUUCCCUGCAUGGGACAUCCCAGUGACAGUGUAUAUGGAGGGUAUAGGGCGCCCACACACCUACACGAUGACCAUCUAGUGCCUGUUCCAGGCAGCAGGUUGGUUCAUAGCAGUCCUGUUGUGCCCAUGACAUGGGGCAGAAUUUCCAGUUUGGAAUCAGAGGUGUGAACUUAUCGUUCCAUGUGCCAAUUAUGAACUAUUUGCCCUAUGAGUUUCUAUUGACCAAUAAAAUGACUUUGCCUUUAAAUAAAGCAG